ACAGGAUUUCUAGACUCCUGCGAGUAUCUCACAGGACUGAGAAAGACGGGAUUUCCUGUGGUAACUAGUUAGUUAUAUUGCUGAGCUGCAGAUUUUUUUGUUGAGGCUCGCAAAGUAUCUAGUCAGAGUGUCAUCUUUUCGGAUUUUAAUGUCUUAACUACGCAAGAUAUUCUGUGCGUGUUCUAGACUACAACCAGAAGUAGCUAGCUAGCCAGAAACAUAAACAUGUCUGAACCCACGGUGGCCGACACUCGCCGGUUGAACUCGAAGCCGCAGGACCUCACGGACGCUUACGGACCUCCGAGCAAUUUUCUGGAAAUUGACGUGUACGACCCGCAAACUAUCGGGGUCGGGCGGAACCGCUUCACUACAUACGAAGUCCGGAUGCGGACCAACCUCCCUAUUUUCAAGUUGAAGGAGUCUUGUGUUCGAAGACGGUACAGCGACUUUGAGUGGCUGAAAAAUGAGCUGGAAAGAGACAGUAAGAUUGUUGUGCCUCCUCUACCUGGGAAAGCUUUGAAGAGACAGCUCCCCUUCCGUGGAGAUGAGGGAAUAUUUGAAGAGUCCUUCAUUGAGGAGAGGCGAGUUGGACUUGAACAGUUCAUCAACAGAAUUGCUGGCCAUCCAUUGGCGCAGAACGAGCGCUGUCUUCACAUGUUCCUGCAGGAGGAGAGCAUUGAUCGGAACUACAUCCCCGGAAAAGUAUGAAAGAAAUGCUACAGCAAGACUAAAGCACCCCCCCCCCCUCAGAGGAAUGCCUCAUCUGUAGGCUGUGUGUAUAUGCCUGGCACGCUCACUCAGGUGCUCUUUGGGAAAAUAAAAAUCAGAUGCAUUCUCUCACUAAACCCUGAUUUAAAACCUACACAUAUAAAUAGCAAUUAUGAAAUGAACAAAGUCACAUCCUUUCACUACAUCAGCUUUAUUUAAAUGCUCAAUCUCAGUCCCAUGGUUUUGAUUCUUCAACAUGUUGAGACUGAACAAUACUUACUUGAGGACACUGCACAACAAGUAUGUCACACUGCAUGAGUCAUUGUGUUUCUUAAAUGAGGGUGGGAUCAUGUGUUAGCCUCAGUUUAAGAAAGUAGCUCUCACAGCGAGGGAAAGGUAUUCUAUCACUUGUUUUGCUUUUGCUCAGCUGUUAUUUCAGUUUUUUCACUUUAUGCCAUCUAAUUAGCCCUUUUAAAAGUCAUGGUAGAAAUGUGAUAUUUGGAGAUGUUAAACUUACCCUCAUGUUCUGGUUGACACUUUACUUUAAAUGAGGGAACAGUUUAUUACAUCAAGGGAACGGAUUGUUGAGGGAGCAGUUAAUUAAACUGAGAGGAUGUUUUUUAAAAUGAGGAAAAUAUUUGUAAAAUACAUGGAGUGCAUUUUUAAUUAGAGAAAACUGUUUAUCAAGCAGAGGGAAAGUUGUAAUUUUCUAAAUAUUGCUUUUCUUUGAUAUGUUGUAGGGCCUGUACUAUUUCUAAUCAUUGGCUUGUCUUUUAUCCGCAUAAGAUUUUUUUCCCAAACUGUAGCAAGACCAAGUAACGGCGAGAGAUUUUACGGUUACCCCUUAUAAAACAAAAAUGUCUUCCUCUACCACAUUCCAUGUUUCCCUUAUGUCUCAUUUCUGUAACUUUAAAUGACUAAAUAUAUUUUAUAUCAGAGCAUUCAUUGCAAAGUUUUGUACCAUUGUUAGCUUAGUCUUUAUAUUGGUGUUAUAACACUGCUGUCGGGAAUGUACAUAUUCAAUCACUGUGAAAACAAGAAAUGAUCAUCCACCCAGUGACACCAGGUCACCUCUGAUGCCAUAUUUUCACAUCCUUAUCAAGAUGUUUUUUCUUUCUCCUUUUUCUUAUUCUUCUCUUUUUGCUUCGUGGAAUUGCUGAUUCAGGACUAUCUAUGAUUAACGUGUAUAAGUGCAGUAGUUAUUGUCAUAGUUAUUUUCAUGCAGAUUGUCAUGUCAUUUUUAUCCCUGAAUAAAGCUCCCCCUGCUUGCUUUAA